UGUCAACGAAAAGGCUUUUCUGCAUUAUUCUCCAUCGCCGCAAUUCCCAUCAGCCGUACAGGAACGAAGUUGUUCUGAAAGAAAGUUUUCUGUGUAAUUUAACCACUCGAAACAAGAUGCUGACCAACCAGAUCCAGCAAGCCGCUCGGCUUUUGGGAGCUCAAGCUCGCCGCAACUACGGUGCAUCUGCCGUCCUGCUGUCGAAGGCUACCGAUCCGAUUCAGCAACUGUUCGUCAACAAGUUGAAGGAAUAUGCCACCAAGAGCAAAGGAGCCGGUGGCAAAAUGGUAGAUGCAUCUGCCAACAUUGAACGCGAGCUGAAGCAGGAACUGGACAAACUGGCCAAGGUGUACGGAGGCGAAGGCGGCGUCGAUAUGACAGCCUUCCCAAGUUUCAAAUUCGAGGAACCGAAGCUGGGUCCCAUUAACUCCAAUUAGGCAAGCAGGCAGUGAUAAAAGAAAAAAAAACUUCUUUCGUGGAAUAAAAACAUCAUUUCUAGUGGUUA